AUGGUCAUACCACUGCAGGGGCUGCCGAGCAAGCAGCCCUACAGAAUACUUCUCGGCCUUGGGGUCUUUGUCUCCAUCGCCUUUGUCCUCUCACGACUUUUUCCCGGCUCAGAAGACCUACUCGCUACCGGCACCCUUCACGACUCGCCCGAGGUUCACGAGCUCUGCGCCGCGCAUGGCUUCACACCAUAUCCUGCCGUGACUGGCGGGGCGCGUCGCAAAAUCUCUGACCUCACGAUGAUCAACACAGAACUCGACUGUCUCGAGAUUCGAAUAGACUCGCUUUACAAUGAAGUCGCUCUCUUCAUAAUCGUAGAGUCACCGAAGACCUUUCACGGCUACGACAAGCCGCUGCUAGCAAAGGAGAACUGGAGCCGCUUUACCAAGUACCACGACAAGAUGCUCUACCACGAGCUCGAAUUCCCGGGUGGCUUCCGUUCACAGCGCACCUGGGACUUUGAGUACUUCCAGCGUGACGCCAGCUACGAACAGGUUUUCCCCAAACUGGUCGGUACCGAUCCGCGCGCCCCACGACUGGGCGACGUCAUGGUUGUCGCCGACGUGGAUGAGAUUCCACGACCAGAGACGCUCCGCGUCCUCCGCGCCUGCAACUUCCCACGCCGCCUGACUCUGUACACACGCUUCUUUUAUAACUCAUUCCAAUUCCAGAGCAUUGGCCCUGAGUGGCACCACCCGCAGGCGACGUACUAUGAUGGGCAGCGUACGCUGACGCCCAAUAGCCUACGCGGCAGUCGCGGCAGCAACUUCAUCUCACGCUGGCUGGAGUCGGGAAAAUUUGCCAACUCAGGCUGGCACUGUAGUAGCUGCUUUGAUUCGGUUGAACUAUAUCUGAAUAAAAUGGCGAGCUUCUCGCACAAGUGGAUGAACGGCGACAAGUUCCGAGACCGCGAUCACAUAGCUGACGCCGUCCGCGAGGGUAUUGAUAUAUGGGGGCGUAAAGGCAAUAAAUUUGAGCUGUUACAAGAUAAUGAAGACUUGCCGCCGAUAAUCAGAGAGGAUGAGCGAUUCAUGUAUCUGAAGGAUCGCAGCGGCAAGUCGGCAGGAAUGAAAGACUACCCGUGA